GUGCGGUAGUAAGUAGUGUGGUUUGGGACACAGCCGUCCUGUGAUAAAGCCUUUUUUUUCUGUCUUCUUUCUUUCGGUCUCCUUUAACCACACCCGGAACUCGGCGAAGUUUUAACCCGAUGAGUGGUCAGGUAAAGGACAGAGGUACAUGUACAAAAGUCCACUUCCGAGUAGGAAGUGAAGGCGACAUGAGAAAAGGUUCAGCUCUGGGGAGCCCGAAUCGUUUGGAUAUGAGCGGUAAGGAGGCGGAAGGAGGAGACGCAGUGUCCAAAUCCGAGAAAGACCAGAGCUGGAUUGCGGCUGUAAUCAAGAAAAGAGUGUGUACGACGUUUGUGGAGGAUUCGUUCAGCACUCAGGUGUGUGUCUACAUCAUGCCAGGAAGAAAGGACAUCAGCCCCACAGAGAAGCAAAUGUUGCUGCUCAUCUUUCUGGUAAGGGUUAUAAGGCCAUCUCCAAACAAUUAGAAAUCCACCAUUCUACAGUGAGAAGAAUUGUUUACAAAUGGAGAGCCUUCAAGACAGAUGCCAGUCUUCCCAAGAGUGGGCAAAUUCAGUCCAAGAUCGGACCGUUUAAUGCUCAGAGAUGUAAAUAAAAACCCAUGAGCUACAUCAUCAAGCUAUGAAAAAGCCCCUUCUCUCCAAAAAUAAUAUGGCAGCACGAGUUAGGUUUGCAAAAUUGCAUCUGAACAAACCACAAUAUCCUUUGGACUGAUAAGACCAAGGUGGAGAUGUUUGAUCAUCAUGCACAGUGCCAUGUUUGGUGAAAAUCAUUGAGACAAUGAUGAACUCCACUUUAUACCAAAAUAUUCUUGAGAAAAAUAUGAGGCAAUCUGUCCAGCAGCUUAAGCUGGGCUGAAAUUGGGUCAUACAACAGGACAACGAUCCCAAGCACUCCAGCAAAUCAGCAUCUGAAUUGCUGAACUCAAAGUCCAGACCUCAAUUCCACUGAGAUGCUGUGGCAGGAUCUUAAGAGAGCUGUGCAUAAACAAAUGCCCUCAAACAUCAAUGAACUGAAGCAAUGUUGUAAAGGAGAGUGGGCCAGAAUUUCUCCAAAACAAUGUGAGAGACUGAUAAACUCCUACAGAAAACGUUUACUUCUAAAGUUAUUGUUGCUAAAGGUGGCUCUACGUGUCACUGAAUUAUAGGGUGUACUUAUUUUUUAACUGUACCUUUAUGAUAUAAUUAAUUUACAAAUUGGUUAUCCAUUGUCCACAUGUUGCUGUUUUUACUGUUGAAGCUACUCAACAUUUUUGAGCAUUUUUGAGCAGGAGAGAGCGGGAGAGUGCAAAAUAGCAUUUUUAAUCACUUUCUCAUUAUCAUCACCAGUAAAAUAAUUUGUAAAGUGUUAGCUCUGACACUUUGUUGUAGGCCUGUUUAAUCUUUUUGGGUAAAAAUCUUUUGGCCAGAAACUGAAAGUGCCAUUCUGACCAUUCUUGGUUGUAAAUUUUCUAAUUAUUAACAAAUAAAUAUAGUUAACUGAUGUUAAAUAUAUACUUGUUUAAUGUUAGCUAAGUCGAACAUACACUGGUGGAUUUUUAUUUCACAUUAAUGAACUCAAACAUUCCCAAUUUACAAGAUUUUCUCCAUUUACCUCGACAGAAAUCGAGGGAGUCCUCGUGAGUUGAGAGCAGCGAGGGAAGGGGAUGGGGCUUUCACAAAGUGUCAGCUAAUAUUGGAGAGUUAAAAACAACUGCGCAAACCAUUCCGGUGGCUCAUCUCCUAUUUUAUUGUGGAAAACAAGACUGCUCUUUUGGUACAUUUUUGAGUAAUUACUCGUACUAGCUUACUUUGCUGUUAAAUUAUGGAACUCCUACACAAAAAGCAUAAAGGCUGACAGGUCUGAUAAUAAAAUGUAUAAUCGGAAUAAACGUCACUGUAUAUUAUGGCAGUGUAACAUAGAGUUGGAACAAUAUGGUUAUAAUGCCGAAGCCUAGUCCUGGUGGUUCAAACGUCUUCCAUUUCCCAAUGAUGGAGCCCAGUGUGUUCCUGGGAAUAUUCUAACCUUUGGAAAUGGUUUUAUACCUAAGCAAUGCAAUUGUCUCGAUGCAAUUUGAUUGUGUGUGUUUUACGGAGAGAUUCAUGGACUUCAUAGCCUGGAAUUUGGCCUGAUAUACACUGUGAAUUGGGGGACCUUAUACACACAGGUGUGUGUCUUCCUAAAUCAUGUCCAGUCAACUGAAUUUCUACUCAAGUUCUAGAGACUUCUCCUGACAAUCAAAGCAAAUAGGAUGCACCUGAGCUCAAUUUGGAGUGCAUUAGCCAAGGAUUAAAAAAAAAGUAAUUAGCUAAAUGAGAUAUUUGCAAAAAUUUCUAAAAAUAUGUUUUCACUUUCACCCAAAAAUGUAAUUUAAUCCCUUUUAAAUUAAAUCUAUAAUACAAUAAAGUGUGCAAAAAGUGAAGGGGUCUGAAUACUUUUUCCAAAACUACUGUAUAUAUGAAUCUUAAUUGUAUGAGAUUCAUUCAAUUCAAUUCAAUAAUUAAUUGAAUAUAUUAAUCAUGACAAUUGCCAAUGAAAGAAUGAAUGAAUUCAUACAAAUGCAUGCUAAAGCAAAGUUUUAGUGAGGUCCACACUACAGAAAUAUGUCGUAGUUAAUAAUUCACAAUGCAGAAAGUGUAGUAGGAUUUCUAAUCUUAAUUAUUAUAUCCUUCCAUAAACUGCUGUGACUCCAACCAACUGACUGAGUUAGAUAUUCUGGUUUAUAAAACAACCAAAGUUAUUAAUGAGUAAUAUUACACAGUACAACAACUUGAAAUUGAACAAACAUUAUGUCUUUAUUUAUAGUCAGCUAAGGACCGUGUAGCGUAACCUGAACAGCCAGCAGCUAAAAAGCAAAACCUUCGGAAACCUGUGCUGGCGUAUCCCAUGCUGCCAUGAUUAGGCAUAAAUGUCUUCAAACAAUCCCAGUGAUUUUGUCUGGUCUUGUUGGCAGGAAUAAUGUGUCAUUCCUGCCUUUUCCUGCCAACCUUUCCUGUGGUGUUCUGUCAUGUUGGAUCAGUUUUAUAGCUGCCAAACAUACAACUCAGGAAAAUUUCAAAAUCCUAAUAUGUAGGCUGUGUUCCAUAUUUUGACAAGCACCACAGAUGCUGAAAAUCUGUUUUGAAUUUGAUAUAGGAGAAACACAUACUUCUCUGUCCAUUUUUCUUUAGGUAUUCUGUUUUCGUCAUCAACUUUUCUUCAUCAGUUUGUUCAUCAGACCAGAGAGAGUAAAUCAAAUUAAAUAUCAUUGUAAAAAAAAAAAAAAAAAAAACCCUUUCAGACUUAAUGUCUCUAGCCCUAUAGCUGGUCUCUGGUCUAUUCAGCUAAAUAAUUUGCAUAAAUUGCAACAGAGGAUCUGCUACAGAAGCCUCGCAAUUUAUUGUUAAAAAAAGCCUGGAACUGAAUUAUAGGUUGUUUUUUCAUAUGUUUAUCAGCUCCAUAGGAGGCACAGUGAUAAUGCCACCUCACAGUUGCAGGGUGCCCAGCUCUAGGUGGACUGGCUGCUCUAAAUUGUGAGUGUGUGUGGCCUGAAAAUAGAUGUGGUGCCCUGAAAUAGACAGGAAUGUUUUGGAAGGUCCAUGAGACAAGUUAGUUCCUGUUAAAAUUGCAGAUUUUUGUGAUGUAACAAUGAAGCCAAGAUAAAUCAUGUCAGAUCCUCUUCCACCGGUCAGGUUUCAGACUGUAUUCUGCCUUUUGGCCACCUGAUGGCGACCCUGAGGACUUUCUAUUAGAGCUCCAGACUAGUUAAUGUGUUUCAGCUGUGUCUCAUUUUCCUGUGUACUUCAGUUGUCCUGUUUGUUAAGAGUCUUUGGCUUGGUUUUGGCACUGUGUAAGUCUCUGCCCUGCUCUUUUGCUUUUUGUCAUGUAUGACUACCUCGCUAGUUCUUUUUUUUUUUUUUAUGGACCGUGACUGAUAAAAUCCUGCCUUGGAUCUUUGCCCUGUUUUUUGUAUUUUAUUUCCUUCUGGGAAUUUUUGCCCUAGCUUUUGUGUUUUAUUUUUGAUGUCUUGUGAGCAUUGCAUUGUUUGAGUUUUUGCUUGCCUGUUUUUUCCCCCCCUUUUUUUUCCCUUAUGGAUUUUUUGCCUUUUGCUACAAGUCACCCUGCUGACAUUCCUUGUCAUUUUUUUGCUCUUCCCCAAUUAAACCACUCAGCCUACUCCUAUACUAGCCUCUGCUUUUGGGUCCUCUCAUCUGUGUUUAGCUUCAUCAGUAGAGAUCCUGGGUUUGAAUCCCACUCUGGUCCUGACACCACCUUUAAUGUAAUAGAGCAACCAACAAAAUUCAUGUGAAAAAUACAAGCGUUUUAGGAAACGAAGGGGAAAAAAAAAUACUUACAAUAACCUUGUUGCAUAAGUGUGCACGCCCCUUAACUAAUACUUUGUUAUAACACCUUUCACUUGUAACACAGAACUCAGUCUUUUUUGGGUAAGAGUCUACCAAUUUAGCACAUUUUGAUUUGGCAAUAUUAUUCCACUCUUCCUUGCAAAAAUGCUCCAGAUCUAUCGAAAUGCAAGGGGAUCUCCUGUGCACAGCCCCUUUCAAGUCAUUCCACAGGAUUUCAAUGGGCUGUAGAUCUGGGCUUUGACUGGGCCAUUGCAAAACAUUGAUUUUCUUCUGAAGCCCUUUCUUCGUUCACUUGUGCUUUGGGUCAUUGUUGUUCUGGAAGGUGUAAAUUUACUUCACCUUGAGUUGAGACCCCUGCAAGUUUUGUGCCAAAAUAGAGUGAUAUUUGAAGCCAUCCAUGAUUCCCUUGAUCUUAUCCAAAGCCCCAGUCCCAGCUGAAGAGAAGGUGCUGCCACCAUAAGCUGUCUUGUCUUGUCUCUUGUCUGUCUUGUCUUUGCACCAAACAUAUUAUUUAAAUAUUUUGCCCAAAAAGUUCUACAUUGGUCUCAUCAGACCAUAAAACAUUUUGCAUCAUGAUUUUUGGGUUAUUUAGGUGGGCUUGAAUGGUUUUUUCUUCUUGUGAGAAAGGGUUCCAUAUAGCCACCCUACCCCAAAGCCCAGACGUGAAGAACGUGAGAGAUUGUUGUCGCAUGCAGGGAGUGACCAGUAUUUGCCAGAUAUUCCUGCAGUGCCUUCAAUGUUGCCGUAGGUGUCUUGGCAGCCUCCCUGAUAAGCUUUUGUCUUGUCCUUUUAUAAAUUUUGGAGGGACAUCCUAUGCUUGGUAACGUCACUCUGGUGCUCCAUUUUCUCCACUUGUUGUUGAUGGGCUUCACAGUGUUCCAUGGUACUAUGUAUCUAAUGUUUUGUAAAUUCUUUUGUAUCCCUCUCCUGAUCGAUACUUUUUGACAGUGAGACCCCGUACACAUUUUGUAAGCUCUUUUGCAGACCAGCCAUCAGAUGACACUAAGAUGAUGUAAAGAAAAUCCUACAGAAACAGCUGAUCUUUAUUUGAGGUUAAUAAGAAUCACUUCAUUGAUGACAGGUGUAUGUUAAUGACUUUUGAACAUGAGUUUCAAUGCGAUUGGUUAAUUCUAAGCAUGAUCACAUGCCCCAUCAUAAAAGGGUGUGCAUACUUAUGCAACCAAGUAGUUGUAAUUUUUUUCUUUCUUUUCCUAAAAACAUGUCUAUUUGUUUUGCGAUUGAAUUUUGUUGGUUGCUAAUCAUAUUAAACAUGGGAAAAGGUAUGAUAUGAUUUUAUCUUAGUUUAAAUUUUUUUUUUACAUCACAGAAUCCUGCAGUUUUAACAGGAGUGUGUAGACUUUUUACAUCCACUGUAUAGCAACAAUAAACAGUCAGUCCCUCAUGACUUCUGAGAGGAAAAAAACACUGCUUGUCGUUUUACUGAGAAACUGAAAGCAGAAACUUCUCUGUCCAGAUGAGUUUACAAAGCAGACUCCUUCCAUAAACGUCGUAUAAAUGUCUCCGUACAAAUGUUUUUUCAUUGUUUAACAAAAAAAAAUCUGUUUAUCAUAUCUAUAAGCCUUAGGUUAUGUGAAGCGUCCACCAUACAAGUCCUUGUGUUACAACCGGAGCUACUGUCGGAGCUGUGCGGUUUUAUUAAAUUAACGCACACAUUCUGACCAAUCAUAUUCGAGAAUUCAACUGUGCUGCGGUAUAAAAUGUUUUAAAUCGUAUUGCGUAAUAUAAUAAUUCUAGUGAUACACUCCCUUCUUCAGAUCGCUUCUACAGACUGAGGGUCAUGUCAAAUUUGGACUUUUUUUCCAAACUCUUUUUCUGUUGAUUUUAACUUAUAAACAUGAAUUAGGUCUGUUUUCCUUUUUUCUGCUUCUGGAAUGUUCUGGUCUACAGCAAGACAAAAUUAUUGUGCAGCAACGUUAUUUAUUGUAUGGUUGUUUUUGAUGAGUUAUUAUUCAUAAUUAGAAAGGAAGGGACAUGAUCUCAGCUUUAAUGUUAAGCUGCUGUUAAGCUACCAAGCUAGCUGCAUUAAACAAACCCCUUUUACAGACUGAAGAAUAGUGCUUUGUUAUUUUUUUUUUUUCCAUCUUUAUUGUUCUUUUGUAACUUCAGAAUGCUAUAGGCUAAAUGUUUAAAAAUUUGUCGUGUGAAUGUUUAUUUAAGUGUCAGGAAAAAAAUGCUGCCUAUCUCCACAGUACACCAAUAGAGUGCUAGCUGUCAUGUUUUUAUGAGAUUUAGGCGAUGCACUUGUAGGUGCAUUGCAUAUGUGCAGACGUUUACUGAGUCAGGGUUAACGGGUGAACAUUUGACAUCUUGAAAUGGUUCCAUUUCAUUUCCUGGAUAGUAAGAAAUGCUUAUUAUCCAUAUAAGAAAGAGUAACCAACUUCCUCUCUGUCUCACUAGGUCUGUUUUUCCUAGUGAAAGAUGGUUUAAUCAUGAUCUAUGGCUAAAAUAAUCUAUGGCCAGUUUCUGUUCUCUUGUAAAACACUGUGUUUAAUCUUAAUUAUGAAACUGGUUUUAACAACAGUUCAAUUAUUAGAGGAAAAUACUGAUGACAUUCAGUAAAUUGCCAGGAACAUGUGGAUGUCCUGAAGGUGUCAGUAUGAGAUGAUGAUAUUGCUGGUGAUAUGCUAACUGAGAUACUAUUGCAAUAUGUGUCCUCCUGCAGCAAUGGCGCCCUGUGUCAGUGUGGGAGUGCGAGGGAAAGCCACGCCUCAGUCACUCUAAAUGAUUAUUUUAGUACGGCCAUUGUCAGUCGCUGGGAUCGUUCUCAGCACACAUCAGAGUCUCCCACUGAUGCUUUUGGAGAGGUGCAGUUUGCAGGAGCCAGCAAGAGGCACAGCUAUUUUCUGCGUCUUUCCUGGGAUACUCCCCCUGCUACUGUUUAUUCCAUUUUGACCAGCCAUUGGGGCCUGCCAUCUCCAAACCUGGUGGUGUCAGUGGCCGGCGGUGUGGGGAAGUCUAAGGUCAAGACCUGGGUGCGAGAGGUUCUAAGGCAAGGAUUGGUCAGAGCAGCCCAGAGCACAGGAGCAUGGAUCUUAUCAGGAGGACUGCGGGAGGGUGUUGGCAGGUAUCUAGGGGAGGCUGUGAGGGAUCAUGCUAUGGCUGCAUCUUCAAUUUCCCUCUCUAAAGUAGUGGCCAUAGGCAUAGCUCCAUGGGGUUUGGUAUCCAACCGAGAACAACUAAUCAACCCAGAGGGCAGUUUUCCUGCCGAGUACUACGUUCCAAACACGUCCCGAGAUUCCUGCUUUCUGGAUAACAACUACCAGGCAUUUCUCCUUGUGGAUGAUGGGAGUGUAGGCCAUAAAGGUGUGGAGGCUGAUUUCAGAGCCCGCCUAGAGGACCACAUUUCCCACCAGCGCACGGGAAAAUGGGGAAGCGGAAGCAUGGACAUCCCUGUGCUGUGUAUGCUGGUGUCAGGAGAGCCUUACAUGCUUGAGAGAAUGGAUCUCUCCUUGAAGAAGUCUAUCCCCUGGUUGGUCCUGGCAGGCUCGGGGGGACUGGCUGACUUGGUAAGCGACAUCCUGGACAAUGUAUCGGCUGCACCAAGCCUGCCUGGGGCGGGGUCAGAAGGUGACGGGGAGGCGGCUACUAAAACAGAUCUCAGGGGGAGAGUAGCGGAGAGAGUGCUGAAACACUUUCCCUCUGAAGAGGACACUGACAAACUCAUAGACAAGGUUUUGAGUAUUUACCAGAGCAAAGACCUGAUCUCCAUUUAUCAUGAAGAGCAUGAGGGCUUAGACGACUUUGAUACUGUGCUGCUGAAGGCUCUAGUCAGGGCGGGUAAACAGCGCCUUUCCACUGAUUCCGUCCCCAAUACCGAGGAGCUGAGGUUGGCUGUGACCUGGAACAGAGUGGACAUCGCCAAGAGUGAGCUCUUUGCUGGAAAUAUCCAGUGGAAGAAUGAGGACUUGGAGGGCUUCAUGACUGAUGCUUUGGUGAACGACAAGCCCCAAUUUGUACGUCUCUUUACCGAAAACGGGCUGAACAUUCUGGACUAUCUUACAUACGCCCGUCUUGAGGAGCUGUAUCGCUCAAUCUCAGAAGGCUGUCUGGCCUACACGCUGCUACAGCGUUGCCUCGCAGAACGUCUGGGUGCUGUCAAUACUGGCACUUUUCUCUCCGUUGCCGAUUUUGUUAACCAGACCUCCAGCCCAGUCAAAGAACUGACACUUUAUGAGGUGUCUCAGGUCCUACAGUACUUGCUAGGCGAUGUGUGUCAGCCGUUCUAUUAUAAAUGCCUGGGUCUGGAGGGUAUUGUUUCCAAACGGAAAAUCAUCAAGAAACUGGCUACAAUCUUGAAAGAAGAUGCUGACUAUCGGAAACAUAGGUGUACACACCCAUGGGCUUCACUCUUCAUCUGGGCCGUGCUGCAGAACCGCAGUGAGAUGGCCGUCUACUUCUGGGAAAUGACCUCAGAGUCAGUGUUGAGUGCUCUGAGUGCUUGUAAGCUGCUGAGAGUUCUGUCCAGAUUAGAGACUGAGAAUGAGAUGAAACUCUCCAUGAAGGAACUGGCUCAGAGAUUUGAGAACUUGGCCCAUGAUAUAUUCAGUAAGUGCUAUGAGAGCAGUGAGAAUCGCUCUUUCAUUCUGCUGAAGAAAAAAUCGGAGGUCUGGAAGGGCUCUACAUGUCUGAAGAUGGCCAUGGAGGCAGAUGCUCGCCUCUUCUUUAGUCAUGACGGCGUGCAGAGUCUGCUGUCUCAGAUCUGGUGGGGGGCUAUGGACAGGAGCACCGAGGUAUGGAAGCUCAUCCUCACUCUGUUUAUCCCUCCUCUCUGCUACACCAACCUAAUCUCUUUCACAGAGGUGGAUGAUGCAGAUGAGGGGAAGCCUGAUGAAGUCUCAGAGCGAAAGGACAUAGACUGGCUCUAUGCAGAAACCGUCUUCUCUUUCUCAGACAUCAAACGCAUUCAGGCAAAAGCAGAAGAGCCAACUCCUAUUAGACAAAGCAUAAAAGGUCACCCAGUGAGGCCAGUCCGUCCCAAGUUGCCUUUUGUAUUUUCACGCUGGAGACAGUUCUGGUACGCACCGGUCACUGCCUUCCUUGGCAACGUGCUGAUGUACUUCCUCUUCCUGCUUCUGUUUGCGUAUGUGCUGUUGAUGGACUUCAAGCCUCCACCCCCGAGGGGCCCGGCCUUCUGGGAGCUCCUGCUGUAUUUCUGGGUGUUCACCAUAGUGUGCGAGGAGAUUCGAGAGACAUUCUUUGUGGGCAGCAUGACUUUUAAGCAGAGGAUACGACAGUAUGCUCAGGACAUGUGGCACAAGUGUGACCUCAUUGCCAUCACCCUCUUCCUUAUUGGCGUGUGCUGCAGGAUGUUCAAGGAAACGUUUUGGUUAGGCCGUGCUGCCUUGUGUCUCGACUACAUGGUGUUCACCCUCAGACUUAUCCACAUCUUCGCCAUUCAUAAGCAACUUGGGCCAAAAAUCAUCAUAGUGGGCAAAAUGAUGAAAGAUGUCUUUUUCUUUCUGUUCUUCCUUGCUGUGUGGUUGUUGGCAUAUGGAGUGGCCAAUCAGGCUCUGAUCUACCCCUACGACACAAGUGUUGAUAGGAUACUUCGCCGUGUAUUCUACAGGCCAUAUUUACACAUAUUUGGCCAAAUUCCUGUGGAGAAAAUAGACUCUGGAUUUAGUUGGGAUAUAAAUUGCACAGACAAUGCAACACUAGUUAACGCAGGUGCAGAACCAUGUAGGGAAGCACAUCAUAACUGGCUUGUGGUCAUCUUACUCAUCAUCUACCUUCUGGUCACCAACAUCCUGCUCAUUAACCUACUCAUCGCCAUGUUCAGUUACACCUUCACCAAGGUGCAAGAUCGGAGUGACAUAUACUGGAAGUUCCAGCGCUAUAACGUAAUUGUUGGGUAUCAUUCUCGGCCAUGCCUCGCUCCACCCUUCAUCAUCAUCUCCCACUUCCACCUCUUCAUCAAGCGGAACAUCCGCAAGGUGCCUUCUGAGAAGGUGCACCAAUUUGUUGUGGACUUAAAGGAUAAAGCUAACAACCGGCUAAUGACUUGGGAGAGCGUUCAGAAGGAGAACUUCUUGUCUGCUGAGGGAAAGAAGUUAAGAGGAAGUGACACGGAGAGGCUAAAGCGCAUGUCUGUCAAAGUGGAUGGUGUUCUCAAACAGACAGCUGAGAUCAGGGAUGUGGAUCGCAGAUUAAGAGCACUUGAGUCUGAGAUGGAAUUCUGUUCAUCUACACUUCUCUGGAUGGCUGAAGCUCUCUCUCAGAGUGGUGUGCUAAAAUCCAACAAGCCUCCUCCUACACAUAAAGUAAAGCCAUCCACACCGGAGAUGUGAGAACGGUUCCCUCACCUUUCAUCCCUCUUUUGCCCUCUUUCUCUUCAUCUCCCACACAUAGACACACAGUAGUGUAAAAGGCAACGUAUUUCUGUCGUUCAGUCUAUUUUAUGAGAGUGUGGUAAAGUUGCUUCUGAUAAUUAGAUUGGCCAUCUUUGUCCUCUUCCUUGCAUCUGUAUUUAUUAGUCCAAAGAAAAAGGUAAGAUUGCAGAAUAAGAGAAUGGGGUCAAACUUAGGCAAAAGGACAGCAGAAUAAAAGUUUCUGAUUUCACACACACACACACACACAUAUAUGUAUAUGUAUAUACAUACUCUUCAUUCAGACCACCCUUAAUAAACAAGGGAGUCAGUUCUUACAUUUUGUGGGAUCUUAUAUUUUUUGUGAACAAUUUUAAUUUAUUUUAUAAAGACUCAAAGCAAGAAUAAUCAUUUAGUAGUAAUCAGUAAUGAUUUAGUGCAAUGAUAAAUGCAAAAAUAAAUCCCAAAACACACAUCUUAAAGGUGCUAGAGCUACAGAGAACCAGACAAAAACUUAAAGAACAAGUAGUUUGAUAAUUCCAUGUGGUUUGCCAGUAUUAGACUACAAGUCAAGCUGAAAAUAACAACGAACUUCAGUGUUAUCUCAUUCUACGUCAGUUAACUUUAAACAAAUACGGCUAAUGACAUGCAAAUGUUCCAGCAAUUAAAAGCAUUGGGAGACAUGCGUAUACAGGGACUAAUAAAGAACUCGGUUUUCAUUGGACUGCAAUACAUGAGCCUGAGCCAUUUCUGCGUCAAAUUGUUGAGUAAAAAACUGUACUACAACAGUUAGCAGAAAUGUGCAUUAAUGAGUAUUUCAGGGUCUGUGAUAUAUAUAAUUUGUAUAAUAACUCAUCAUUUAAUAAAAAUUAAACAUACAGUGGUGCUAAAUUUUUCUUAUUACAGUCUCACUAAAUUUUUUCCUCUCAAUUAUCAUUGCUGAAAUACACAGAUCAGCCAGAACAUUAUGACCACUGACGGGUGAAGUGAAUAAUAUUGAUUAUCUUGUUACAAUAGCACCUGUCAAGGGUUGAGAUAUAUUGGGCAGGAAAACAGGAAAAAUGGGCAAGCGUAAGGAUUAGAGAGACUUUGACAACGGCCAAACUGUGAUGGCUAGAUGACUGGCUCAGAGCAUCUUUAAAACGGCAGGCCUUGUGGGGUGUUCCCCGUAUGCAGUGGUUAGUACCUACUAAAAGUGGUCCAAGAAGGACAACCAGUGAACUAGCGACAGGGUCAUGGGCGCCCAAGGCUCACUGAUGUGCGUGGGGAGUGAAGGCUAGUCUGUCUGGUCUGAUCCCACAGAAGAGCUACUGUAGCACAAAUUGCUGAAAAGUUAAAGCUGGCUAUGAUAGAAAGGUGUCAGAACACACAGUGCAUCGCAGCCUGCUGCAUAUGGGGCUGUGUAGCCACAGACCUGUCAGAGUGCCCAUGCUGACCCCUGUCCACUGCCAAAAGUGCCUACUAUGGACAGGUGAGCAUUAGAACUGGACCACGGAGCAAUGGAAGAAGGUGGCCUGGUCAGAUAAAUCACAUUUUCUUUUACAUCAUGUGGAAGGCCGGGCGCGUGUGCAUCGUUUACCUGGGGAAGAGAUGGCACCAGCAUGCACUAUGGGAAGAACGCAAGCUGGCGGAGGCAGUGUGAUGCUCUGUGCAAUGAUCUGCUGGGAAACUUUGGGUCCUGGCAUUCAUGUGGAUGCUAUUUUGACACAUACCACCUACCUAAACAUUGUUGCAGACCAGGUACACCCCUUCAUGGCAACGGUAUUCCCUAAUGGAAGUGACCUCUUUCAGCAGGAUAAUGCGCCCUGCCACACUGUAAAAAUUGUUCAGGAAUGGUUCGAGGAACAUGACAAAGAGUUCAAGGUGUUGACUUGGCCUCCAAAUUCCCCAGAUCUCAAUCCAAUCAAACAUCUGUGGGGUGUGCUGGCCAUCAAGUCCGAUCCAUGGAGGCCCCACCUCGCAACUUACAGGAUUAAAGGAUCUGCUGUUAAUGUCUUUGUGCCAGAUACCACAGCACACCUUCAGGGAUCUAGUGGAGUCCAUGCCUCGACGGGUCAGGGCUGCUUUGGCAGCAAAAGGGGGACCAACACAAUAUUAGGCAGGUGGUCAUAAUGUUAUGGCUGAUCGGUGUAAAUAAGGGCGAGCUGCAGAAUUUUAGUGUAGGUGCCACCUAGUGGUCAUUGUUAGUCAGUACCUACAAUAACAAUUGGGACAGAGGCUUAAUAUAAUCAGCUGAGUUAACACACACUGAGAACAGGUGUGUAUAAGCUGGUGACUACUGUGGGACUUCUCUAGUAUCGGACACAUGUCUAUAUGUCAAGUGUUAGGUCUUGUUCUAUUUGUAAGCAUCGGGAAUGGGCAGUUUUGUAAAGUUUAGGAUGGGCUAAGGUAGAAGUCAACACAUGCAGCCUCCACAUUUUCAGAAAGCAGCACACACACACUGCUGUAAUGUCUUUACACUGAAGCAAAAUCUCCAUGCUGGUUUUCUGCCUCUUUCCACGGAGAAAAUAUGUGCAUGCAAUGUUCAGAGCAAGUAUUAAAACACACUGAUGCUGUAACUGGAGAGUAUUUUUCAUUUUAACUUUUGUUUUUGGUUAUUAUUAUAAUAAUUUUUUAUUUUUUAUAAUUAUAAUUAUUAUUAAUGCAAUGUUGUAAUGUGGUUUAACAUUCAGGGUUGUAUUUCUUUUUUUUUUUUUUUUAUAGAAAUGUAAAGCUAAAUGCAUCUUCCACAGAUGUACAUUACAUGUUGCUGUAAUUAAUACAGUGCUGUUGACUGUUGUGUGAGUUCAUGGAGUGUCUUUAAAAAAGUGAAACAUUUGGCUGAGCUCAGCAGAAGCGAACCGAACUGGACUGAAAGUGUGACAUGACAAAGUGUGGACAUAAAGUAUGUGAUCUCUAAUUUCA